UCUUCUUAUCCUCGUUCUCUUCAAGCUCGCCAUCUCCCUCUCUAAAUAGUGAACACAGUUUGAAGGUGGAUGCAAUAGAAUCGAGUGGGCUCAGCUCCUGCUUUCUUCCGGCUUGUUGCUCUGUUUCUAGAACCUCCUCUGUAUUUCAGCUCAUUCAUACUUUUCCUUCUCGGUUUGAAUCUUUACCUAUUUGAGCUUCAAAUUUACAAAACUCGUCCUUCGUCUCUGUCUAAUCACCAUCCUCUUUGCUUAAUAUUGCUCAAAGCUCCCAACUUUGUUUCUGGGUCUCCUUGGUUAUAUCUUCUCUCUCUCUCUCUCUCUCUCUCUCUCUCUCUCCGAGUGAUGAGAAACAGAGAGAUAUAAUCAGCAGGAGUGUGGCUUUUUCAUAUUCCUCACUCUAAUUGAGACCCCCCUUAUUUACUCAGUUGGGGCUGAAAGAGAGAUAUAAUUUUGAGAAAAACAAGGACAAGUAUGAAUUUUUCCAAGUGGGUUUUGUGUUCGGGGCUGUUGGGUUGUUCCAUCUUUGUUGUUGUCGUGGAGGGUCUUGGUGUGAAUUGGGGCACAAUGGCCACCCACGAGUUGCCCCCGAAGACAGUAGUGCAAAUCUUGCAGGACAAUGGGAUCAAGAAGGUGAAGCUUUUCGACGCCGAUCAGUCCACCAUGGGCGCCCUCGCAGGGACCAACAUCGAGGUCAUGGUCGCGAUCCCGAACGACCAGCUCGCCGCCAUGAGCAACUACGCCAGGGCGAAGCAGUGGGUGCAGCGCAACGUCACCCGGUACAACUUCAAUGGAGGAGUUAACGUCAAAUAUGUAGCAGUUGGAAAUGAGCCAUUCCUCUCAUCCUACAACGGCUCAUUCCUAAAUGUCACCCUCCCAGCUCUUGAGAACGUCCAAAAUGCCCUAAAUGAGGCAGGGCUUGGGGACACCGUUAAGGCCACCGUACCCGUGAAUGCUGAUGUGUACAACUCCCCCGACAGCAAUCCUGUGCCGUCCGCCGGGAGGUUUAGGACCGACAUCAGCGAUCUCAUGACCCAAAUUGUUGAGUUCCUAGCCAAGAACCGCGCGCCCCUCACUGUCAACAUUUACCCCUUCUUGAGUCUCUAUGAUAACGACAACUUCCCCAUCGACUACGCCUUCUUCGAUGGGGCCACCCCGGUCGUGGACAACGGGAUACAGUACACAAAUGUGUUCGAUGCCAACUUUGACACUUUGGUAUCGGCCCUUAAAGCGGCGGGGCACGGGGACAUGACCCUCAUGGUAGGUGAGGUGGGAUGGCCUACAGAUGGUGACAAGAAUGCCAAUAUUGCUAAUGCAGUUAGAUUCUACAAUGGGCUUAUGCCGAGGCUCGCGGCCAAUACUGGGACCCCGCUUCGGCCUGGUUACAUUGAAGUAUACCUUUUCGGCCUUAUUGAUGAGGAUGCGAAGAGCAUCGCCCCGGGAAAUUUCGAGCGGCACUGGGGAAUAUUCCGUUACGACGGGCAGCCCAAGUUCCCAUUAGAUCUAUCUGGCCAGAAUCAGAACAAGUUCCCUGCCGCCGCUAAGAAUGUGGAGUAUCUUCCUCGGCAGUGGUGCAUGCUGAAGCCUAAUGUGAACGAUCUGAGCAAACUUGGGACGAACAUAAACUAUGCUUGCACCUUUUCAGAUUGCACCGCUCUAGGAUACGGAUCGUCGUGUAACAACUUAGACGUCUAUGGCAACGCAUCGUACGCGUUCAACAUGUACUACCAGGUUCAGAAUCAGAACCCUCUCAGCUGCAACUUUGAAGGCUUGGCCACUGUCACGACGCAGAACAUAUCGCAAGGCACGUGCAGCUUUAUCAUCCAGAUUGCUGAUUCCUCUUCAGCGGGGCCUUCUUCGGUUGCUCUAGUGUUAUCGACGGUACUUGCGUUCCUUCCCUAUAGCCUUUUGUGCUUGUAGAUAACUUCCAUGUAUUAUUUCUUGUUCCUCGUUCUUCGAUACUCUCUUGUAUCCUCAUUUUUUUUCCAUUGCUGAACAUAAUAAAGUUACAGAAAGUUCAUUUUGACUUGGGAUUAACAAGGCGACGAUAGUUUGAUGACAGGAGUAUAUGCAUACUUUGAA